AUGCGAUCAUCGCUGUUAUAUAACAUUAAUACAUCUGUCAUAGGAUUUGAAAUUUUUUCGCCGCUGACUACAUUCUAUUCAAAUCAGCCAACAGUUGACAAAAAUAUUGUAAACUCAGACGAAAAUGCAAUCGAUUAUGAUAACACCAUCAAAAACACGUCAAAUUCAAAUCAGCAAAUAAUUGCCGAAAACCCAGAUAUUACAAGACAUGAAAAUGGAUUAAGCUCGGGUGAAAAUACGUCAAAUAAUACAAAACAUGAAAAUGCUGCAAACUCGAAGGAUACUGCAACUUAUGAAAAUGUCCUAAACUCGGACGAACAUGCAAUCGAUUAUAACAACACCGCUAAAAACACGUCAGAAAUAACAAACGAUGAAAAUGACAUAAACCUAAAUGAUAUUGCAACUGAUUAUAACGACAUCAUUAAAGACAUGUCAAAUUCGAAUCAACAAACUAUUGACGAAAAUUCAGAUACUACAAAACAUAAGAAUGCCGUAAGCUUGGAUGAAAAUGUUGUAAUCUCGGAUGAACAAGCAAUCGAUUAUAACAACGCCACAAAAAACACGUCAGAUACAUGUACUACUAACCAUGAAAAUAUCAUAUAUAACAGCACCACAAAAAAUACGCCAGAUUCAGAUUCGAAUUCAAAGCAGCAAAACACUGAAAAUUUAGAUACUACAAGAUGUAAAAAUAUCGUAACCACGGAUGAUUAUAACAACAAAAAUGUCGUAAACUUGAAUGAUACGACAACUGAUUAUAAUAACACUAAUAAAAACAUGUCAAAUUCGAGUCAAAAAACGGUUGAUGAAAACUUAGAUGCUACAAAUCAUGAAAAUACCAUAUGUUUAGAUGAAAAUGAUAAAGUAACCGAUAAUAACAGCACCACGAUAAACACGUCAUAUACAACAAAACAUGAAAAUAUCGUAAGCUCGAAUAAUACUGCGACCGAUUAUAACAAUAUCACUAAAAACAUGUCAAAUUCAAGUCAACAAACAGUUGACGAAAAUUUAAAUACUACAAACUAUAAAAAUGCAACCGAUUAUAAUAGCACCAUCAAAAACUUUUCAAGUCAACAAAUGGUUGCCGAAAAUCUAGAUACCGCAUGCACAAAACAUGAUCAGAACAGCACUACAAAAAACACGUCAGAUUCAAAUCAGCCAAUUACUGAAACUAUAGAUACAAGACAUGAAAAUGUCGUAAGCUCGGAUAAAAAUGCAAUCGACUAUAACAAGAUCACAAAAAACACGUCAGAUUCGGAUUCACUUACCGAAAAUUUAGAUGCAUGUACUACAAAACAUGAAAAUGUAAUCUCGGAUGAACCUACGCCGGAUACCACAAAGUACAUGAAUGAAAAUAUCGUAAACUCAAAUGAAAAUGUAAUCGAUUAUAAUAGCUCCACCGGAAACACGUCAAAUCCAAAUCGACAAAUAAUUGCCGAAAACCUAAAUAUAACAAGGCAUAAAAAUAUCAUAAACUCGGAUGAAAAUGAAAAUCUAAUCAAUUAUAAUAGCACCACAAAAAACUCGUCAGAUACUACAAAAUAUGAAAAUGCUGCAAACUCGAAAGAGACCGCAAGCUAUGAAAAUGUCCUAAGCUCGGAUGGACAUAUAAUCGAUUAUAACAAUACUACCAAAAACAUCCAACAAAUGGUUGCCGAAAAUCUGAAUAAUUUAAGUAAAAUAGUUUCAAACGAUCUUAAAAAUACGAAUAACAGUCAGAACGUAGCCUCUACUAUGGAUACUUGGAAAAACUCUGUAAUCGCUAAUAUUAAGAUGGAGGAUUCUGAUGAUUGCGACUGUACAUCCCCUGAAGUCGGUUCUGAUAGAAACGAAUUCUCGGAUGCAGUGGUAUCGCAAAAAAUUGCAGAUACAUACAGGCGUGUCCCCGAAUUUAAAACCGACUCAAAUGAAAUAGCGCUUGAACCUAGUUUAUAUGAUAGUUCUCUCGCUUCCCCAGAUAAUUUCGAAGAUAACGACAAAGAUAUAGUCAAAAGUGUAAAACCAAAACAAUCCAACGAUAUACAACAACAUUCAGAAUCAACUCAUAAAAAGGCUGAUAAGAAUUAUUAUGCAACAUCAAGUUCCUCGUAUUCGCAUCAAACAACGGCUAUUACGUAUAUUCAAAAUUCUGCUAUUGAUAUUAGUAGUAAUUCUAAUGAGCAACAAGCAGAAGAUGAUGACAUUUGUGAAUUGUAA